UUUAGUGUGUUUGGAUGAUCCAGCGUUAUGUCGGAGAUGAGAUAUCCUUGAAAUGUGUUCAGAACUGACUUCUCUCGUCCUUCUUUGACUCUUGGAUGUUUGUAAAAUGUCCGGGUUUCAGGAUCUCUCAGUUUUUCCUGUGGAGGGGGAUCAGCUUUCAGGAAGUAAAGAAGAGGUUUCCCCUGAGCAGCAGGAGGGGGAUUCCGCUCUGAUCCAGAAGAUUAUUGAGCCUCAACAGAUUAAAGAUGAACCAGAGGAAUUGUGGAGCAGUCAGGAGGAAGAGCAGCAUCACAGGCCAGAGAAUGCUGAUAUUAUCAAGUUCACUUUUGUUCCUGUCUCAGUGAAAAUCGAAGAAGAUGAAGAGAAACCUCUAUUCUCACAGCUUCAUGAAAGACAAACUGAACAGGGGGAAGGAGGAUCUGAUGGAGGGGACUGUGGAGGAGCAGGAGCAGUCAAGUACUUUGAUCCGGAGCCAGAUUUACAGCCAGAGUCCGAGAUCAAGAGUGAAGUCUCCUCUGAGGCUGAGACUGAUGACAGUGCUGAUUGGAUGGAGACAGCUAGACACCCUUUAGGUUUAACUGCAGAAGAAAACAUCAAAAAUAAGAGGGUGAAGACUUCUAAAAAACCACAUCACUGCUCUGAGUGUGAUAAAAGCUUUAAAUUUGCAUGGCGACUAAGAGAACAUAUGAGAAUUCACACUGGAGAGAAACCCUUUGUCUGCUCCCAGUGUGGUAAAAGAUUUUCACGGCAGGAACUUUUGACCAAACACAUGAAAAUUCACACAAGACGGAAACCUUUUGACCACUCUGAGCAUGGUGAAAAUUUUAAACUGACUAAACACGUGUCAGUUCACACUAGACAGAAAUCCUUUAGCUGCUCUGAGUGUGGUAAAACAUUCAGCCGUAAAGGUAAUCUCACCACACACAGGAGAGCCCAUUCAGGAGAGAAACCAUUUAGAUGUUCUGAUUGUGGUAAAAUGUUUAACCAUAAGAGUAAUUUCACCAAACACAGAAGAGUUCAUUCUGGAGAGAAACCCUUUAGCUGCUCUGUGUGUGGUAAGAAUUUUAAACAGCAACACCAUGUUACAUUUCAUAUGAGAAUUCACACAGAAGAGAAACCCUUUAACUGCUAUGAGUGUGGCAAAAGUUUUCGCAGCAAUGGAAAUUUGACCAGACACAUGUUUUGUCACACUAGAAAGAAAGUCUUCAACUCCACUGAGUGCAGGAAGGGAUUGAGCCCUAAAGAUCAAAUGAGAAAACAGAAGAAACCUCACAAAGCAGAGAAGCAAUUCAGCUGCUCUGACUGUGGAAAAAGUUUUAAACACAAAUUAAUUCUCAAAAGACAUAUGUUAGUUCACACUGGACAGAAGCGCUUCAGCUGUUUUGAGUGUGGUAAAAAAUUUAGCCAUAAACAUCACGUGACAAGACAUAUGCUAACGCACUCUGGGGAGAAACCUUACAGCUGCUCUGAGUGUGAUCAGAGAUUUUCUCAACAAGGUUCUCUGAGUAGACACAUGCUGGUUCACACUAAAAAGAAACACUUUAGAUGUUCUGAGUGUGGUCAGAGAUUUAGUCACAAAACAACUUUGACCAGACACAGGAGAACACAUACAGGAGAAAAACCGUUUGACUGCUCAGACUGUGGUAAAAGAUUCACCCAAAAGAAUUCCCUAAAAUUACACGUGUUAGUUCACAGUGGACUGAAACCUGCUAGAUGCCCUGACUGCGGUAAACGAUUUAUUGAACAAGAUUCUCUGAUCAAACAUAGGUUAGCUCACACUCAAAAGAAAAGUGAAACUCUUCAACUGUCCUGUGCUAAAAGAUAGUCAGAAAUGUCCUAUCUAGCAUUUGUGCAGAUUUUUUUUUUUUUUUUUUGCCAUUUUUUUUUUUUUUUUUUUUUUUGCCAUUUUUGACCAAAGGUGUCCAUCAGUUAAUGUUUCACAAGUGCAAUGACGGUCAUGCUUCAGAGGCUCUUCAAACCAAACUGAGGAGAAAAUGUAUUUUCUUUUUUGCUUAGAGUAGUAAGAUAGGCUUUUGUUUCUUUGCUUUUGCUAAAAAACUCAGUAAGUUGUAAACUCUAGGUUAGAGUCUCUUUGUGUUCUCCUUUUCCACUUUUGCACAGCACUCAUUUAGUCCUUAGUUGCCUCAACUUUGUCAUAGUUAAAAAUCUUCCUUUUGGCAAUAAAUAACUUUAAUUUAACCCCUUAAUGUCUGUGCUUUAAGUUACUUCCCUUUCUUCUGACUAGCUGGUCGAAACAUAUGGUCAGUGUUGAUGAUUCAACAGAGACUGGGCAAAAAUGGCAUCCAUAGGAGAGUUCCAUAACCAAAACCACUGCUGACCAAAAAGAACAAAAGGUCUCAUCUCACAUUUGCCAAAAAACAUCCUGAUGAUCCCCAAGACUUUUUGGUAAAUAUUCUGUGGACUGACGAAACAAAUGUUGAACAUGUCAAAGAAAAAUGUCCUUCACUUCUUGAAUAGUUUAUUGAUCUACGAAGACAUAUUGACUGACGCAUGAAUAUAGUAUAACAGUAACAAUGCUUACUUAAAAAAUUAGGUCAAAUGGACAAUGUCUAUAAAAUAAAAUCUAAGAUAUUUUUUAACCAGUAAAUCCACAGCGAAUAAAAAGUAAAUUUCAUUAAACAUAAAACUACAAGUAUUCAAUACAAGUACAAUUAUUUAUAGAAAUUAGGAAAUAAUUUUGUUCUCAACAUUUCUACUCAAACAUAUACGUAUAAUAAUAUUAU